AUGGCUAAACGCACAGUCACAGCUCUUUGUACUAUUCCCGAGGAGGAUCCCGUGCCACUAUUCGUUGGUAGAGAGGAUGGCACGGUUGACUAUUACAAACUGUCGGAUAUCACGCGUGGGGGAACACCUAUCGUGACAUUCUACGGCCAUACUAAAACUGUCACUGCAAUUGUGGCCCCGGCGUUGGAUCAGGUGUUUACUUGUGCUAUGGACGGCAACAUUCGACAGUGGUCAGUUGACCCCGAGCAAGAGACACCACAACGGUGCUUAAAGUUAAUUAAAAUUGUUGUUCCUUUGCGCUGUCUUGCGAUGUGCGGUGACCGCCUCUACGCUGGCGAUGACAAUGGAUGCCUGCAAGUGAUAUCAGGGGAACGGCGUUCUGCGUUGCCGGGUCACAAAGAUGUUCUUUCCUGCAUCGCAUGUGCCUCAGAGGAGGCACAGAUUAUUGUUACUGGUGGAUACGAUAAUCAAAUACGCGUGUGGGACGGCAGAACGGGGAAAACUGUUCGGGUGCUUAUUGGCCACACUAAUCACGUCAAGUGCCUGCGUGUUGUAGCGGAGGGGCAGCUACUCUUUUCCUUCAGCCGUGAUCUCACAAUGAAAAUAUGGCGGCUACCAGAUCCUAGUGAGAUGGAUCAAAAUGAGGCCUUGUACAUAUCAGGCAUCCUGAAUCGUCAAGCGACUGUAUCCUUUAAAGAACCAGGUGCAGAUGAAGAUGAGAAUGACCUUGAAAGCCAGGGAGAACUGGCGGAAGGUGCGUUGUCACAUUCGGAGAACGUAGCUCCCCAAACUGACGGACUGGUAAGGAGCGGGUCGCUUAGUGUUUCUAACUCCCAGGCGGCUGAAGGUAAUAAAUCCUCGUUGAAGUCUGCUCUAAAGGGGCGACCUGAACCCCCUAUCCAGAGGGUCGACGCUGUUGGUACCGUUGAAAUUCCAAUAACGCCACACACCGUGGCUGCCAGACGUGAGGAGGCUGCUUUUUGCUUCGUGGGCGCCUCGGAGGGAUACGUUUUGGGUAUAGAUGUGCGCGCACUGUCAAAGACGGUGCUCCAAUUUCUUUCGCGAAACUCGUCGUGCGUACGGAUGGAUACUCGUGAGAUGCGUCAAACGCUCCUUAUUGCCAAACGGGUGAUUUUUCGUCGCUGUCGGAAGGCCGUUGCCCAAAAGAAGAAGGAGUUGGUGAAGGCUGCUAGGAAGGCACGGGCUGCGAAGAGGGCUGAAGAGAGAAAGGAGCGCGCUGCAGCGCGCGCCGCAGCUCGUGCGGAGCGGAAGGCCCGAGCCGCUGAGGAAGAUGAGGAAGACGAAGAAGAAGAUGAGAUGGAGGAAGGGGACGAUGAGUUUGCUGAGGAGGAGGAGGAGCUUGAAGAUGAGGAGGAGCAGAGUGAAGAAGAUGACCCUCUUGAACUUCUAGAUGAACAGCAGAAGAAGGAACUAUCUGAGUUUACCCAGGAGAGGGAGAAGGAGCGCAAUGCUGAGCUGGCCGAUUUACGUGAGGCAGUAGAGAAACGAAGUGAGGCUAUGAAAAGCGUCUCAACCGCCACAUAUGACACGCCGCGUGAUAAGUUUUUUCGGCUAAGCUUUACAAGCUACAAAGUCAUUGGCGAUGAACCGGUACUGGCUAUGGCGAUUGCGCCGGGCCCCGCCGCCUUUGCGGUUCAAAUGGACCGCGUGAUUCCUGUAGACAUAACGCCAGGUAUUACGUAUCUGUAG